AUGUCUUCGGAUGGACUCAAUCGCCGUAAAAGAACUGUCAAUAGGAAUGGCGACACAAAUGAGGGGAACGUGUGUCGAGUGGUGUCUCGAGAAGUGUCGCCCGAAAGACCACAAAACCAGAGUAUUAUGAAGCGAGUGAUGAGUGGAAUGACACUCUCGAUGGCUAUUCUUGCAAUGGUUUACUACACGACUCAAUGCAAUGACACCAAAGAACUAGUGAUGGCUUCGGCUAAUCAAUCCAUAAAAGAUUUUCCGAUAAGAAGACAAGUGAUGUGUUCUCAAGACUAUGACGAAGAGAGGGUUCGGUUCCCGUCUUGUACUCCUCAAAGAUGCGGACGUUUUGUGUCCGAUUCGGUGAUCACUGAACCGGAAGCCAAACACUUGUUGUUAGUGGCGAAGAGAGGCCUAUCAUUGGGCGGCUCUUCGGGUGGAGUGACGCGCCUCAACGUAGACACGGGUUUGCUUUCGAUAGCAACUAAUUUCGUGAAUAUCUAUAAACUCAUUGAAAGGACACAACGAAUGGACGAACACCUGAAAGAGCUGUUCACCGAAAAAGACUUACAAGUCUACAGAACUGUGAAAAACAAAAUCCGCAAAAGGAUUGCAAUUCAUUUCGGCGUCCCUUCGGCUCAGCUCUACUUCACGAGGACUUCUUCUUUCUUGAGAAUGACGUCAAAGCGGCCCCAAAUCAAAGCCGAUGUGUAUUGGCGCAGACAUGUCGACAAACGGGAAGUUAAGUGUCUUCGGUUCACUUCUUUGCUGUAUUUGUCGACAUAUGGCGCGGACUUCUCCGGCGGACGUUUUAUAUUCACAGACGAGAUGUCGAACCAAACAAUUGAGCCUAAGUUCGGAAGAGUCGCGGCGUUCACCUCUGGCUCAGAGAACGAGCACUUCGUCGAAAGGGUCACCUCUGGGGCGCGAUAUUCUCUGCUAAUUGGCUUCACCUCUGACCCUAAGUUCGCCGUCAAAUACCUACAAGUUAAUCUCUUAACACAAGAAAAAGCAAUGAUUGAGUCGUUGAGUGAAUAUCUGGUGUCCGAAGAUGUCCUCAAUUCUCGCUUAAGACGACUGACAGACAACUCAUUGAGUUUGAACUCAAUUGCACUGAAAGACGACACCGAGGGCUUACUUUUAGGACAUCCACUCGACGUAUAUCUCCUCAUCAGACGAAUGGCUAUCGACUGGAAAGAAGUGAAGGAUUUGUUGCGAACCAAAGACCAGCGCUUAAGUGAUGUCCAAAUGAGACAAAUCGGUGGUCACUCUAACCAUACAAAUGCAUUGAAGUUUGACUCGCAGUGUGUGUCCAGUAGUCAUGAAAUUAUCACUAAUAAGGAGCUAAAAGACGCUGCGUAUGGCGUUAUAAGUCUCAUCAAUACUUAUGAUUUGGAUAUCAAGUCAUUAGCGAAUGGAUUCAUUAGAUCUAAGACCAGUUCCGGUGCUGAAGUGACUUCAAAUGGAAAUCAAUCCAAAUAUGCUUUAAAUGCUUUCGACUGCUAUUUGAUUGGAAAACAAACCUUUGAUAACAAGGAGUACUCGGAUGCAAAGCAAUGGUUGACAGAAGCGAUCGAUAGAUUGGAUGACAUGACCAGCGAUGAGAUAAUUGCAGACAUUUUUAAUUAUCUGUCGUUUUGUGAACUGAAAAGUGGAAAAAUAAGUGGAGCCCAGAAAUAUAAGAGACUGUCGGCCGCUAUAAAGAUAAAACCUCCUAAUAUGAUACCGAUAGCCAUGGGAAGUACAGAUGUGGUACCUGUGAUGAAACUGGCACUGGAACUCGAUUGUCUGAACUGA